AUGACAACGGCCCCGUCUUCGGGCUCUUCUCGGCCUGCAACUCUAUCUGCAUCAGAAUCAACAGCACCAGCAAAAGACUUAUCGUCAUCGGCCGGGGAAGUCCCUAUCGUUCCUACUGUGGAGAUUCAGCACUUGGCCCGCUUCGAGUUCAGUGAUGCUGGCACAAAGGUUCUUAUGGUGGAAUGGUAUCCCGAUGCCGUUCAAGGCCCCGCUGCAACUGCCGAUCCUUCCACCAACUCCUCCGGUGAACACUCCGCUCCCGCUACCGACCAGGUCUCCGCAGCGGAGCCGGCUUCGGUCUCUGAUCCGGGUGUCAAGAUAGGCACUACUGACAACACCUCAUGGCAAGUGUCAUGGCCUGGGAAGUCUACUAAUCUUCCUGCAGCCGAUCUCGAGACUGAGUCGGAGGCACGAACUGCCCCUGACUCAUCGACUCGUCAGCGUCGUCGCCGUGUCUUCUUUUUACUCCCAGCCAAUGCCACUGUUCCCUCUACCAUUACCAUCACUCCACCCGGCGCGCCCAGCUUGAGCCUCAAGCCACUGCCGGCUAUCUUCCCUCCCGGGCUCGCCGCCGAUCCAGGGAAUCGAGGAGUUUUGCAUACAUUGUGGGCCAGGCAACGGCUAGCAGCAAUAGACCGCGAAGUAGAAGACGAGUUACGCAGCAAUGCUGAGGGUGUGGGCGUCGAGAUGGCGCUCGAGGAAAGGAAAUGGAUCCUUGAUACGUUCAUCAACCCUCCCCAGUUGCCUGCUGAUUCGCUAUCUCGGCCGGCAGCCACGCGUUCCCCAACGGGCCGUUUGGGAGAUAAGCUCAAGGGCCUUAAGCUGGCUACAUCACCUGCCGAUUUAACACCCAGCACAACAGCCAACACCUUUAUGAGCCCCAUAAGCCAGUCUCAUCCAUUUCAACCCAGGGGGCGUGACAUCGCAGUAUCUUCUCAUGAGGCCAUGGCCAGUAGUGCAUCUGCAGGUCCUAUCUCACUUAAUGCUGCACUUCAUGACGACGUCACUACAGUUGCUUCGGCACCUGCUAGGCCUAUGAGACGAGAUGACGACGACGAUCUGUUUGCUCUACCCAUGAGCCCUCGUAGCCCGGACAUGAAGAAGAGUCCUUUCAGCGCCUUGUGA